AUGACAUCACACUCGGACAAACUGCAGUCGGACAAACUGCAGCCGGACAAACUGCAGCCGGACAAACUGCAGUCGGACAAACCGCAGUCGGACAAACCGCAGCCGGACAAACCGCAGUCGGACAAACUGCAGUCGGACAAACCGCAGUCGGACAAACCGCAGUCGGACAAACCGCAGUCGGACAAACUGCAGUCGGACAAACUGCAGUCGGACAAACCGCAGUCGGACAAACUGCACUCAGGACCCGUGUGUCAGCUGGUACCUGUGUGUCAGCUGGUACCUGUGUGUCAGCUGGUACCCGUGUGUCAGCUGGUACCCGUGUGUCAGCUGGUACCCGUGUGUCAGCUGGUACCCGUGUGUCAGCUGGUACCUGUGGUGUGUCAGCUGGUACCCGUGGUGUGUCAGCUGGUACCCGUGGUGUGUCAGCUGGUACCCGUGGUGUGUCAGCUGGUACCCGUGGUGUGUCAGCUGGUACCCGUGGUGUGUCAGCUGGUACCCGUGGUGUGUCAGCUGGUACCCGUGGUGUGUCAGCUGGUACCCGUGGUGUGUCAGCUGGUACCCGUGUGUCAGCUGGUACCCGUGUGUCAGCUGGUACCCGUGUGUCAGCUGGUACCCGUGUGUCAGCUGGCACCCGUGUGUCAGCUGGUACCCGUGUGUCAGCUGGUACCCGUGUGUCAGCUGGUACCCGUGUGUCAGCUGGUACCCGUGUGUCAGCUGGUACCCGUGUGUCAGCUGGUACCCGUGUGUCAGCUGGUACCCGUGUGUCAGCUGGUACCCGUGUGUCAGCUGGUACCCGUGUGUCAGCUGGUACCCGUGUGUCAGCUGGUACCCGUGUGUCAGCUGGUACCUGUGUGUCAGCUGGUACCCGUGUGUCAGCUGGUACCUGUGUGUUAG